AUGCAUUCUUUGGAGGUGAUAGCGACUGGGCUUGCUGUAGCUAUCGCCUUGUGGGGGCUUCUGAAGAAGAAAUCGAUAUCUUUGCCGACACCCCCUGGUCCGAAGAAGCUCCCGAUUCUUGGAAACUUGUUGGACAUACCUACCACCUUCGAGUGGAUCACUUACGCUCGCUGGAGUAAGGAAUAUGACUCGGAUAUCCUCCACAUCCAAGCUGUAGGCGUGGACAUCAUCAUUCUCAACUCGUUCAAGGCUGCGAACGAGCUCCUGGAUAAACGGUCGGCAAUCUACUCUAGUCGGACUAGGUUUACCAUGAUCUCCGAAUUAAUGGGAUGGGGUUGGCUCAUGUCGGCGAUGCCAUACGGUGAAUCUUGGAGAGAACGCCGCCGACUGUUCCAAUCUUACUUCCACCCCGGAAAACCCACCACACACCAACCAAGACAACUCGAAUAUAUCCGUGGUAUGUUGCUCCCGCAGCUUCUAGCUGAUCCCGAGAACUAUGCGGAUUCUCUCAAACAUACCAUAGGCGGCAUGGCCCUUUCCCUAGCGUACGGAAUCAAAGUGUUACCCCGCGAGGAUCCACACAUCCGCAUCGCAGAAGAAGCUCUCGGAACGUUUACGCAGGUGACUGUGAGCGGUCGGGUACUUGUAGACCUUAUCCCACCCCUUAAGCAUAUUCCGGAAUGGAUGCCUGGCGCAGGUUUCAAAAGGCAAGCAAAAAUAUGGCACGCUUUACAAAAGAAAUUCAGAGAGCGUCCUUUCGAUGAUUGCCUGAAGGAAAUAGCGGCAGGCACCGUGCAGUCAUGCUUCACAUCCGCGUGCAUUGAGAAUGUGGACGGGAACUCGGUGGAUGCAGAACAUCAGCUAGAGGUUAUACAGGAUACAUCUGCGAUGGUCUUCGGCGGUGGAGCCGACACAACAUUGUCCGCAGUAGAGACUUUCAUCUUGGCAAUGAUCAACUUUUCAGAUAUUCAACUCAAGGCACAGGAAGAGGUGGAUCGGGUUGUCGAACGAAGCAGACUACCUAACUUUGCAGAUGAAGCGGAUAUGCCGUACCUUUCUGCUGUGGUCAAGGAGGUUUUCAGGUUCGUUUGCAUUCCCCAUCUCGCCAGUGAAGACGAUGUAUAUGAGGGAUAUCACAUCCCGAAAAACUCCAUUAUUAUUGCCAAUUCUUGGGCAAUGCUACAUGACGAUAAUGAAUAUGUCGAACCGGAGAAGUUCAACCCCAAUCGGUUCCUCGACAAAGAUGGGCAGCUCGAUCCCAAUGUUUUGGAUCCUGCCCGGAUGGUGUUUGGCUUCGGAAGAAGAAUCUGCCCUGGAAGUCACAUCGCGCAAUCCACCCUCUGGCUAGUUGCCGCAUCAAUGCUGGCAACAUUUGAUAUCACCAAAGGGCUUGAUGAAUCUGGGAAAGAGGUUGAACCUGGGCUUGAAUAUACUUCAGGCCUUAUCAUGUGA